AUGGCGUCCACGGAGUUGUGGGCUGGCCUUGGAUCAGCUCUGGUGUUCUUGCUCGGCCUUGUUGCUGCGGCAAUGAACCGCAAGAGGAUCAAAUUGUGGCUGAAGAAGAUUGCCGCCUACUUCAGCUCAUACAUCCAAAUCACCAUCCCAGAGUACGGCGCCGAUCCUUCCCAAAGCAGAGACCGAGACUUCUUCGUCGCUGUUGAGGCCUACCUCUCUGAGUACUGCAUCCACGGGGCGCGCAAGCUCAAGGCCGAGCUUGGCAGGGACAGCAAGAAACCCCAGGCCGCCAUUGACGACGACCAGGAGAUCGUCGACACCUUCCACGACGUCGGCACCAAGCUCUGGUGGUAUGCCUAUACAGAGUACCCAAAGUCCCAGAUCAUCAUCCACAACCCGGCCGAUGAAAAGCGCCGCUUCUACCGACUUGGCCGCGCCGUCAUCGCCAAGAACCGCAAGCAUCGCCUCUUCACCAACAUCCCAAAGAGAGGGGGGACUUUCUGGAGCCCCGUAGCGUUCCAGCUCCCGGCCACGUUUGCGACGCUCGCCAUGGACCCCGCCGAGAAGGAGGCCAUCGUCGAUGACCUCGACGCCUCAACGAGGAUUUGGUGUCCUAUGGCGUAG